UUGACUUUGUGUUAAAACUGUCUACAGUGAGUGUUGUGUAACUAUUAUUUUUAGUAAAGAAUCGAAUUUAAAUAUGAAUUCACUCUUUACAUACAAGUAUUAUGAUACACCUGAAGGGCAAGAUAUUUUCAAGAAAGUCAUUGUGACUUCUAAAUAUGGUGUAUGUGCUGGUCUACCCAUAGCUAGCUUUGAUGUGCUGUUGUAUUCUCAUCCUAAGGGAGUCUUCCAGACUGCGUUGCGUUAUGGCACAUAUUUAGGUCCCCUGGUGGGUAUGGCUACUGCUUUCACCCUAACUGCUAAUAUGGCAUGCAAUAUUCGAGGUAAAAACGACGAAUUGAAUUACUUCAUGGGUGGUGCGGCGGCUGGUGCACUCUUUAGUGCAUGUCGGAGAGCACCAAUCUUAGCUCCACCGGCCAUGAUAGCCUUAGGUGCUAUAGCAGUGGUUAAGAAGUUGGCAAUAGACUAUGACUAUGUGUUUUUCCCACCUGUCCAAAUGGCGGCUAAAUCUGCACAAGACCACAGGAAUGAUUGGACUUUAGUGAAGGAUAUCGAAGAACUAAAGACAUGGACAACAGGUGUGAACUAAUGAAUCUAGGAAGAACUAAUGAGUCAAGUGGUAGUCAGUUAUGUAAAUAAAAUCAUUCAAGUGUCAGCAAUAUGGUGUAAGUGUAAUAAACUAUAAUAUUA